AAGUUCAACUCAUGUUAUCGUAUUAUCAGCAAUCCCUUCCUUCGUAAAGUUGCAGGAACUGGAAUUUUCAAUUAUACGUUUUUGAUGGCCCUGUCCACUUUCUCCACUGACCCUCGACCACAUUGCAGCUCGCACCCUCUUGUUCUUCACUUUUGGGUAAUGAAUAGCAUUGUGCCGGUGCAUACCGGGAUUGUUUCUUCGAAGGAUAGAACUUCGCGCAGAUGUCAUGGAUUUAUUUCAAUGGCCAAUUCGAAUGGCAAGAGAAGACUACCUAAGAACAUUCCUUGUUCCCGGCGCCCCAAGCAGCCACCAGAAUUUGGUGUAAACUUAUUCCUGAAGAAGAAUGGCAGCAUCUCAGUGCCUGUUCAGGAGGACUUGAGCGUCAAUAAGGGAUUAAAUAUGGCUAAUGAAGAUGAAGAAGAUACUCGUGUUGUUUGGGAAGCAGAUGAGAUUGAAGCGGUUUCAUCGCUUUUUGAGGGUAGAAUUUCUCAAAAACCUGGAAAGCUAGAUAGAGAAAGGCCUCUUCCUCUCCCGCUUCCCCACAAACUUAGACCUUUGGGAAUGCCCACACCCAAGAAACAAGUCAGAUUGACAGAUCCAGCUGCAGUUUCUCAUCGUGCAUCCAUAUCUAAGAAAUUGUACAAAGACCCAAGUUUCUUAGUUGACCUAGCCCGAGAGAUCAGCGAACUUGAUCCAGACAAAGAUGUAUCCAUAGUUCUUCGCAAAAGAGCGCAGUUCCUGCGUAAGGGUUCGCUGUCGUUGACAAUAAGGGAAUUAGGUCAUAUGGGAUGUCCUGGGAGAGCCUUGCAAACACUUUGCUGGGCACAAAAACAGCGUGAACUCUUCCCAGAUGAUCGAAUUCUAGCUUCAACAAUCGAGGUCUUGGCUAGGAACCAUGAACUUAAGGUUCCUUUCAACCUCAAAAAAUUUAUCCGGAUGGCUAGCCGUGCUGUCCUGGAGGCGAUGGUUAGGGGUUUUACUAAAGGAGGAAGCCUUAAGCUCGCAUGGAAGUUUCUAGUAGUUGCCAGAAAAGGUAAAAGAAUGUUGGAUCCUGGCAUUUAUGCAAAACUAGUACUAGAACUCGGAAAGAACCCUGGUAAACACAUGCAAAUGAUCCCCUUGUUAGAUGAACUUGGUGAACGAGAAGAAUUGAAUUUGAGCCAGCAAGAUUGUACAGCUAUCAUGAAAGUGUGCACCAAGAUGGGGAAAUUUAAUGUAGUGGAGAGCCUGUUCGGUUGGUUCAAACACUCAGGCCGUGAUCCGAGCAUAGUGAUGCUUACUACUGUGAUUCACAGUCGUUACAAAGAGAGAAAAUACAGGGAGGCAUUGGCUUUGGUUUGGGAAAUGGAGGCUUCAAAUUGUCUCUUUGACCUUCCAGCUUAUCGUGUGACAAUAAAGCUGUUUGCUGCUUUGAAUGACCAAUCCAGAGCUGGGAGAUAUUUUUCAAAACUCAAAGAAGCGGGAUUUUCUCCUACUUAUGACAUAUACAAGGACAUGCUUCAAAUUUACUGGGUGGCUGGGAGGAAAGCAAAGUGCAGAGAUAUUUGCAGGGAGGCCGAGGUUGCGGGAUUCAAGUUGGAUGAACAUGUAGUGUUGCAGAAUUUGCAAUUUGAUGGCACAAACAAACAGGAAGCUGUACGAAUCUCAUAAGUAUUGCAGCCUGUUGUUUUGUAUCAAUUCUGAAUCUCUCCUACGUUGACAAAUAUAAUGAAUUAUUCAUGUAUCUUCCAUGAAGAGAUGGAUCUCUGGAUUGUCUCGGGGUGAUUAUGAUGAAAAAUAUUCGAUGACCCCGCACAUUCGUCACACAAUUUCAGAAGAUUUAUGUAAAAACACAAAAUUAUGAAUAAAAUUCCUGUAUUUGUUGUUCUAA